AUGAUUGGCAAACCAAAACUGUGGUGUGCAGUCCAGCCUCCUGAAGGCUGGGAAGAGCACAUGUUUGGCCUGAGAGAUAGAAGACACUCCUUGACACCUCAUCCUUCCAUUGUGAACACCCCAACACUCCCUUCCCCUUCCCUGUGCCUGGAUGACCAAAUCCAUGAUGAGGACUCUGCAAUGGAGGAGAUGGAGGAGAAUCCUGACAACAAUGAAAACAAAGAUGACCAGCCUUCCAGUAAUGAGAAUGAGGAUGAUCAGCUGUCUGGUAGCAAGAAUGAGGAUGACCUGCUAUCGAGUAGUGAGAAAGAGGAUGACCUGCCAUCUGGUAGUGAGAAAGAGGAUGACCAGCUGCCUGGUAGUGAUGAUGACGACAAGGGUUCUGAUUACAAUGAGAAUGAGAAUGAUGACAAGACAGAGAGCUCAAGCAACUCCUGUGAUGAUGAUGAUGCACAUGCUCACAAUGCUCAGACCAUUUCUUGUGCCCAGUCCCCACUUCCCCCAUCCUCGCCACCCACAUACAAGUCUGAUGACUCUGCCUGUCCUGUGGGGGACAUUGUCCAUCCUUGCCAAGAUCCUGGCCCAUCUAAUAUCCCAUAUCAUCUGUUACCUUCUGGCCACUGCAAUCAAUUUCCUCCAUCUUGCCAAGGAUUCCAUCAUGUUCCAUCUCAAACCAACCAUCCUUACUACAACGGUCCAUAUACCAAUGACUACUACCCUCCAACCCAGUCAGGUGAACCUCAUUGGGUUAACAGGGGUAAUGCUGCACAAUAUGAGGAUGACUUCACUGAGGAGUAUAUAAAUGAAGAUUACUACUAG